AUGGAAAAAGAGUGGGAUGAGGAAAGACUUGAAACUGCGAUUAAAGAAUAUGAAAAUGGUAAAUAUACACAAGCAUAUCAUACUUUUAACAGUCUAGCUGACAAAGGUUAUAUGAGUUCAACCAGUAAAAAAGGAAUUGAAAUUUAUGGCCAGUCAACAUUUUAUUUAGCACUUUGUUAUAAAUAUGGGCAUGGUGUAAAGAAAGAUAAAUCUCAAGCUUUAGGCAUAGCAAAUCAUUUAUACAAAAAAAAUAAGUUUAACAAUGCUUGGAAUGUUUAUCGAGAACUAAUUGGAGAUUAUGAGGAUGAUGAGAAGAAAUUGAAAAUAUUAAUUAAAAUGGCAAACUGCUAUCAAAAUUACAACAAACUUUUUCAAAAUGAAGAUAUUAAUACUUUUAAAACCGCAUUAGAACUUUACAAUAAGAAAAAAUAUAAAGAAGCAUUUGAUAUUUUUUCAAAACUUACUUCUAACGGAUCAUCUAUUUGCCAUGUAAUGGCAGUCAAUUUUAUUAGAUCAAAUUUUAAUUAUUACAUUCCUGAACAUCCUGCAAAGUGUAUUGUCGAACGAAAAAGGUGGCAUCAUCAGUCACCAUUUGGAUUAUCUUCAAAUAAAGCCCAUGAAUAUUUUAAUGAUAUUGAGGUUACAGAAGGAAAUAUUAUUUCUGAUGAAUUUAUAAAUAAAGAGAAUAAAACAAAUUAUCUUCAGCCAAUUGGAAAUUCUGAAUUCUACUAUGAUGAUGUACGUGUUUAUCCUCGAAAGCUUCGAUUCCCUUGGUUGGCACGUGAAGGGAUUAUUCCUACCUCUUUUGAAAACAAUGAUGUAGGAUCAAUAAUCGAGAUCUAUUUAAUUGUAAAGGAAAUCAUGAAAGAAAAUUAUGAAGUAAUUUUAAAAAUAAUACAAGAAAUAGAAAGGAAUUCUUCUCAAGAGGGAUCUAUUCAGUCAAUUGAAUAUCUUAAGAAAGUUAUUCGACCAACCCCUGCCUCACUCCUAAAAUGUAAAAAAGCAACUUGUUUAUCCAGAGAAUAG